AUGGCAGAAGAGACGUCUCUUGAAUAUACACCCACAUGGGUCGUUGCGUUUAUCUGUUUCAUCAUUGUUCUCUUAUCUCUUCUUGCCGAACGUGGUCUUCAUCAUCUUGGAAAGUGUCUGAAACGUAGGAGACAAGAUGCCUUGUUCGAGGCCUUGCAGAAACUUAAAGAAGAACUGAUGCUCCUCGGAUUUAUCUCCCUAAUGUUAACGGUGUCUCAAACCGCGAUUAGACAGAUCUGUGUCCCACCAGCUCUAGUCAACAACAUGUUCCCCUGUAAGAAGAAGCAUCAUGCUCCAGAAUCAUCUCAUUCGGUCACCAUCAAUGCAAGACAUCUCCUUUCGACAGAAGGAAGUCCACACCAUUGUUCUGCCAAGGGGCAGGUUCCUUUAGUAUCCGUGGAAGCGUUGCAUCAACUCCAUAUCUUCAUAUUCGUGCUAGCGGUUUUUCACGUCAUCUUUUGUGCCUCAACCAUGGUUCUUGGAGGAGCCAGGAUACAACAAUGGAAGCAUUGGGAGGAUUGGUUCAAGAAACAUCCCUCUCAAAAAGGAGCAUCAAGGCGUGGUCAUGCUCAUGCUCACGCCCUUCACGAGUUAUUUAACGCAAAUCACGAGUUCUUCCAGAUGCAUGCUGGAGGAUUCUGGAGAAGAUCUGCUGUCAUCAGCUGGCUGAGAUCAUUCUUCAAGCAGUUUUAUGGUUCUGUCACCAAAUCAGAGUACAUUGCUCUACGACAAGGGUUUAUCAUGACCCAUUGCCGUACAAAUCCAUCAUUUGAUUUUCACAAGUACAUGCUAAGGACACUGGAAAUAGAUUUCAAGAAAGUUGUGAGCAUAAGCUGGUAUCUCUGGCUCUUUGUCGUCGUCUUCUUGCUGCUGAAUGUAGGAGGCUGGAAUACUUACUUCUGGUUGUCUUUCUUGCCUUUGAUCUUGUUACUAAUGGUGGGUGCCAAGUUGGAAAAUAUAAUAAGUAGCUUAGCUCUGGAUGUUUCCGAGAAGCGAAGCCGCGAAGAAGAAGCAGUGAUCACACCUUCUGAUGAACUCUUUUGGUUCCAUAGGCCAGGCAUUGUCCUCCAACUCAUUCACUUCAUUCUCUUUCAGAAUUCCUUUGAGAUCGCUUUCUUCUUUUGGAUUUUGUUCACAUAUGGAAUACGUUCGUGUAUCAUGGAGAAACUAGGGUUCCUUAUCCCACGACUCAUCAUGGGAGUGUUAGUCCAAGUGCUUUGCAGUUACAGCACAUUGCCACUAUAUGCUCUUGUAACACAGAUGGGUACAAAGUUCAAGAAAGGCAUAUUCGACGAUGUAGUGCAGUCCACGAUAGAAGGAUGGUUGGAAGAUUCGAGGAACAGAGCUGAAUCCACAAGUGAGUCUCGUAGGAUGGAGACACAACCUACUACUCCUGAUUCUUUUAACGUCCAAGUCAUUGAAUCUCAAGUCCCUUAA